CCUUAGUCUUUAUGUGCCACCUUAUCCCUUGAAAUCUUCCCCAAUGCAGAUUCUAAUCUAUUUUAUCCUUUAUUUUAUAGAUUUCAAGUUUUCAACAGGACUGGCUUCUUACAUCGAAGAACAGAGAAGAUUAGCGAGUCAUCUAUCGUCGUAAACAGCAUUUUAGCAGAAACUUAUUAGAGAUGCCUGUCUCGAGGACUUGUCAACUCCGACGAGGCAGUGUUGGUGAUGAACACCAGUCCUCAUUCAUUCGACGCUACAGCAGCAACAAUACCAACUCUCAAGACUGCACAGGAAAAUUUAGGGAUAACAUUUAUAAUAUUAAUAAUGAGGAAGCUAAUUUUGCUUCUUUAAAGAAGAGAAAAUUUUCCGCCUUUAGUUGGGAAAACUGUGGGAGAUACUAUUGGCGGCCUGUAACAGUUGGUGAUGCCCCAUCAACCAGCAAGAGUUCGUUUGUUGCCUCUGACACAAGUGCUCUCACAUAUACAAGCCAUAAACGUGACUACUCGAAAUUUCAGGAUGAUGUAAUCUUUAUGUCAAGGGAUGAAAUUGAGAGAUGCUCUCCGUCAAAGAAGGAUGGUAUCGAUUCAGUUGGAGAAACACAUCUACGUUACUCUUACUGUGCUUUCCUUCGGAAUCUUGGAAUGCAGCUGGAACUACCACAAACCACCAUUGGAACUGCCAUGGUCUUAUGCCACCGGUUUUUUGUUCGGAGAUCUCAUGCAUGCCAUGAUAGAUUUUUGAUUGCGACUGCUGCUCUGUUCCUUGCUGCAAAAUCUGAGGAGACAGCACGGCCUUUGAACAAUGUAUUGAGAGCUUCUUGUGAAAUUCGUCAUAAGCAGGAUCUUACCAUCUUGUCGUAUAUGCUUCCUGUUGACUGGUUUGAGCAGUAUAGAGAACGGGUGAUUGAGGCCGAGCAGAUGAUACUGACAACUUUAGAUUUUGAGCUUAAUGUACGGCAUCCGUAUGUUCCCCUUACAUCUGUCCUUAACAAAUUAGGACUUUCACAGUCUGUUUUGGUGAACCUGGCACUGAACUUGGUGAGCGAAGGAAGAUUCUUGGGAAAAAUUCUUCCUGGUUGCUGCAUUCUUAGGUGGCUUCGGAGCUCACUUUGGCUUCAAUUUAAACCCCACCAUAUUGCUGCUGGAGCUGCAUACCUUGCUGCCAAGUUCCUCAAUUUUGAUCUCACCUCGUACCAAAAUAUUUGGGAGGAGUUCCAGACUACACUGCAUAUUCUUAAAGAUGUAGUCCAGCAGUUGAUGGAGCUCUUUUAGAACACAAGAUGACCACUCACGGUGAUUUGUAAGAAUGAUCAUAUGGAGCUCCAAUUUUGUGGAUAGGUGGACCACGCCUAAUUGGAAUUGGCUACAUGGCAAAAUCAAGUAUUGCAAAAUUAAGAAUUAUGGAUCAAGUGUGCCACCAAAAAAUAGAUGACUAGCAGAUACAGGGAUGUGUGGACAUAUCUGGAUGUAUUUUAUUGAGUGAGAAGGCUGGGAAUGCUAGAUUUGUAUUUAUCUCUCUCCUCCCUUUGGAAAAGUCUUCAAUGCAUGAUCUAUUUCAGUCC